AUGGCGUUUUUGAACACAAUGUCACUCGUUAAAUUUAAUAAGUUCCUGAGAUGCUCACCAAAAUUUCUAUAUUUUCGCCGGAAUUUAAAUUUACCAGAAUACCAAAGCAAAAUUUUAAUGAAUGAAUAUGAUUUAGCUGUUCAGGAUUUCCGCAUCGCUUCGUCUGUUGAAGAAGCCGAACGGAUCGUUGCUGCGUUUAAACCGAAUUUGUAUGUAUUAAAGGCUCAAGUUCAGGCUGGUGGUAGGAAAUUGGGGAAAUUCUCUACCGGAGGCGGUAGCGGUAUUCAGUUUACAAAGGAUCCUCAAGAAGUCCCUAUUAUUGUUUCUAAAAUGAUCGGUAAUCGACUUGUUACGAAGCAGACUACUUCAGAGGGUGUCCUUGUCAAUACGGUUAUGAUCGCUGAUGCUGUUGACCUUAAGAAAGAACGCUAUUUAGCUAUCAUGCUUGAUCGUACAAGUUGUUGCCCGACUGUUAUAACUUCUACUGAAGGUGGUGUGAACAUCGAGGAAGUUGCUCGUACAAAGCCUGAAGCUGUCAAGCAGGAAGCGAUUGAUUUGGACGAAGGAAUGUCAGACGAAAAAGCUGGAAAAAUUGCCACCUCUCUCGGAUUUUCUCCAGGUUCGUCGCAACACACAUUUAUGUGUUCGCAGUUGAAGAAUCUCUAUAAUUUGUUUGUGGAUCUUGAUUGCCUUCAGGUUGAGAUUAACCCCCUUGGCGAGCUUGAGGAUGGCACUCUAGUCAAUAUGGAUGCCAAAUUUUCCUUUGACAAUAACGCAGUAUAUCGUCAACCCCGGGUAGCCGCUUUGGCUGCCCAUUCGCGCAAACUUGAAAUUGAGGCUGCAGGUGAACAUUCUUUGUUGGCACUUGAGACUGCUGCUGAAGCUCAAGGCUUGAACUACAUCGGCCUGCCUGAUGGUAACAUUGGUUGUAUGGUCAACGGUGCUGGUCUGGCUAUGGCUACACUGGAUCUCCUUUCUCUUCACAAGGGACGUGCUGCCAACUUCCUCGAUCUCGGUGGAAGAGCCUCUCAGUCGGAUGUUGAAUAUGCUCUACAUACGCUCUCAUUGGAUGACCGCGUGAAGUGUAUUCUUAUCAACAUCUACGGUGGAAUUGUCAACUGUCGUAUGGUAGCGGAGGGCAUCGUAGCUGCUUGGAAAAAGUACAAACCCCAAUUGCCUCUUGUGGUGCGCCUGGAAGGUACAAACGCUGUGGAAGGACGAGAAGUUCUUUCCAAAUCAGACCUCAAAAUCCACGUUGCUAAAGACAUGGAGGAGGCUGCCAGUAUGGCCUGUUCCCUCAUUCACUAA